AUGUUUAACACUAACCAACCCUUUCUGUUUGCAGGUUCACCGCGAGGUGGCGGCGGUGGAGGUGGAGGGGGCGGUGGAGGCGGCAAAGGGGGCGGCGGAGGAGGUCAUGGAAUCGUCCUCCUAGGCCUAAUGAUGGGAAAAAUGCUGGCCGCGUUGGGUGUCGGUGGUGUGGGCCUACUGGCCAUGAAGGCGCUAAUGGUGUCGGCACUUGCACUGAUGCUCUCGGUAAUCAUUGGGCUGAAGAAGCUGGUGCAUCACGACCACGAAGAAGGUCACACAGUGAUCCAUGCCGGUCACCAUGGUCAUGAAUACAGAAGGAAACGUGAAGCUGCAAUUGAUAUGGCCUACCAAGCCUGGGAUCAGUACAAACAGAGUUAGAUCACCUAAUAUAGUGCCGAUAACUUAUUAUGCAUAUUUAUAACCUAUCAUACUUUGAUCUCUACUUCUACUAUGUCUAAUUUAGACAUAUGACCACGGAUACAUAUCUAUGGGACAACCUACAUUUUCUAAAACCUUAUUGACUUUGCUACAUAUAUGUUACUACUAUCGUUGAUGCCAGAGUUAUGGGUAUGGAUAUUUCGUCUCUUAAAAUUGGAUGCUCCUUCCCCUUCAUUUCAUGGUGCAAGGAUGGUAUGAUCUCUGUCUUGCUGAAUCUGAAAGUACUUUUAUUGUAAAAGCUCAAUCGAUAACUAUUUCUGUGAUAGACUUAUUCUCUCUAGACAGUUAUUACUCAUUACCUUAACAUAUACAUUUGCACUUAAAACUUCCUAAUUCAAUCAGCUCCUUAGUUAAAACUAGUCUCUAUUUUUUUUCUGUGCGAAUGACAAACCUUCUUUGACUUUUACUGUAUCCUUCUGACAAAGACAUGACCUUGACUGACACUAUUUUCUACUAUAUUCGAGGUAUUGGCAUAUUGUCAACAUCUUGUCUUUUUGUAUGCAAAACCCUUCGGUAGCAGCUAGCCAGCUGUAUGUUUCUGUUAAUUUUGGUCGAGAUAGGUGCUACUGCAUUGUUUAUUUUUUUCAGGAUAUUUCUUAUUCUAUCUCUCUGAAUUUUUGUGUGUUAAUUUAUUUUUUUAUGUUAACGAAG